AAAGUUCGUGCGAACGACGGUUUGGAUGAUGACCGACUUUAAAAAACCACUGUAGGUCAGUACCGACAGGUGAGACCGUGAAUUCACUCGCGGUACUGCCGCGGUACCGUCUAGUUCGUUUGGUUUUCGGUUUGUGUUCCAAGUGCCAUUUUUUCAAGUACCAAAGAGAUUUCGGUGAGUGAUUUUGCGAUUUGGGAACAAGGUGGGCGAGUUAUGCGAGAGUUCGAAUCGGAUUGAUCCGGUUAAAAAGUUUAACAAAGACAUGUCGAAAAUGGACCAAUCAACCCAAGUCGACUUUCCUAUAGUUGUCCGAAAAAUGCGAAGACACAACACUUCGGCCGAUUUGUACGCAACAAACAAAGGACAUAGCAAUACUUGGAAUAAUUCGAAUAAGGUGUCGAUGCCCCGCCCCAAAUCCCUCAACUUCCCCGACCCGCUGACCAAUCGCACCAAAAUCAUCUACUACUCGGACAGCCCCUUGUCGCGCCUGCCCCUCCCCGUGAGCGAUCUCCACUUGGGCUCCAUCUCGCGCGAGCGGACUCCGCCCUUUUCCUGCAGUUCGAGCGUUGCCUCCACCUCUUCCCCCACCUACAAGCCCGACCCUUCGUGUCAAUGCUCCAAUGACAGCAUCUACUGCCGGCGUAUCCCCGCCAAUAGCACGCAAGGAUUGUCAUGGCGCCGCCUACACAUGUCACGUGCCAAACUCAAAGCCACCGCUACCACCAGCGAACUUCUUUCGGGCUUUGCGAUGGUCGCAAUGGUCGAAUUGCAGAUAAAUGACGACACGGCGGUUCCCGAAUGGUUAUUUGUGAUUUUCGCUGUUUGUACCACUGUGUUAGUAGCAGUGCAUAUUUUUGCACUUAUGAUUUCGACGUAUAUUUUGCCAAACAUUGACGCUGUUGCUAAGUUAGAAAUAUGUGAAAUGGUGGCUGAGAGUCCGCAUGAACGCAUGCGGGGGUUUAUCGAGUUGGCGUGGGCUUUUUCAACAGUAUUAGGUCUAUUCCUGUUUUUGGUGGAAGUAGCCAUUCUUUGCUGGGUCAAAUUUUGGGACUACUCGUUUACGGCAGCGACGGCCGCCACUGUUAUUGUUAUUCCAGUAUUGAUAACUUUCGUCUUGUUUGCUGUUCAUUUCUACCAUUCACUUGUUGUGUACAAAUGCAAUGCUUCAGUAAACGACAUGGAAAAGUUAGAAAAUAUGAAAAAACAUCUUGACGAAGUUACCAGUCCUGUGUGAUUAUAACCAGUAUUUCUUGUAAUUUAAAAUUAAUUAAAUUAUAAUAAAAAAUGCUUCCUUUGUA